AUGGCAACACAAGCGAUUUUGGAAGUAACAUUCAUAAAUAUUGAAGAUCCCUAUGAGUCCGACUCUCCGACUGUGCUUUCUUGGGAUGUAGGGGAAGCAAGUCAAGCGGUCUCCCAGUACGUCGAGGAUGAGACAAGGAAGUCUCAUUAUGAUGGCGAACAUGAAGCACCACAUGGUGAACCAAAUAUCCCUGCACAUUUCCCAACAGCCUUUGAUGAAGAUGAACCACCGUCUGUCCUUAGCUCAGAUACGGCUAUACACAAUGGCCUUAUGGCCAUGCGACUGCUGAGACACUUCAAAGAGGGUCCUGGGCAAUGGAUGGAUACUUUCGAUAGUGGCGCCUACUUUUCGCACAAGGUGACAGUCAUGGCCGCUACAAAGCCAUUAUUGAAAUCCGCCGUGUGUGCUCUUGCAGCCAAGCAUUUGAGUCACUGUCAACAUAACAAAAAUAGCCAAUUUGGGGAAAAUUCGUACGAGAGACGCACCACACUUUCACAACUUGAUAACAAAGUUGACUGGCAGUAUCAGUCCGUUAAACACUAUGGGAGUGCUAUAAAGCACCUUAAAGUUGCAAUUAACCAUGGAGCUUUUGAAACUGAUGAUGCUGAUAAGGAAGAGCUGUUUGCUUCUAUUACAAUAUUAUGCACGUACGAGCUUAUGGAUGCACCGGGCACAGCCUGGAGGGCUCAUCUUAGCGCACUGCCCUUGUUCAGCCAAAACCCCAGCUCCAGUUCCAUUUUGGGCUCUCCCAUCUCUAUUCCAAGAGCUGCUAUCUCAGGUCCGAUAUUUUGGAGCCUCGCCAGACAAGAUUUGCUCUGUGCAUUCAUCAGUGAGACGCAAACACGGCUAGAUUUAAAAGAUAUACGUUUGUGGCAAAAUGCAGGUCUUGUUACAGAUGAGCGUGGAUCUCUGAUGCCAUUUUACAUCUCUAAUGCCGCUGAUGUCGAAGAGGAUGCACGGAGUAAUGAGCUUGUCUGGCUACUGGGCAAGAUUGCGAAUCACAUCGCCGCCGGUGACGCAUUAAACCCACAACAUUAUUCCCUUCCGCCGGGGCAGCGACCGCUAGUUGGCGUGACUCAAGAGCAGCUACUAGAGAGAUGGAAUUUGCUUAGUCGGGAGCUUCAAGAUUGGCGUUGCAGCCUCCCAGCGAGCUUCGUUCCGAGUGCUCGAACACGUAGUACGGAUAUGGUGGGGACGUUCGAUAAUAGCGAAGGACAUUGUUCCUUGAAUUUCGAGAAGAUUUGGUACGAGGCGUCCAUAUGUGCUGCAACAAUGCAGAGCUAUCAUAUGGCUUGCAUUCUACUCUUAACGAACCAGCCUCAGGAGUCCACUGCCGUUCGAUCCUCUGUCUCCGCUCGCCUGGACUCAUAUCGACAAAGCGAGCGCGAGGCCCUCCGCCAUGCUAGAGAAAUCUGUGGCAUCAGCCUGACCAAUCCGCCAGAUUCUGUGCGAGUACAUUCUGUCCAAGCCCUCUUUGUGGCUGGUCAAGUAUUUACGGACUCACGAGACCUUGAAGUUGUAUUGGAGCUAUUAUCCGGCAUUGAGCGGGACCUUGGGUGGACAACAAGCCAUCAUGCUUCUAGAAUUGCAGAUUUACUAGCCAGACGCAGUAGCGAUAAUGAACCGGAUUGGAUUUUUGAAUAG